CUGUAAAGAUCUGUCCUGCAUAAAAUAUUAUUUUCUCACGAUGCCGCGUCCGUCGAAAGUCGAAUUUUGUGAACCGUCGAAUAGGGAAUCGCAUGAUUCAGAGUCAGACGAAGAGUUUAUGAAAUACUUGUUCAGAGAUGAGAUGCUUAAGAUGAUCAACUCAGACGAAGAGCCCUCAACAAGCCGCAAGACCAAGAAGUCCAAGAAGUCCAAGAAGGCCAAGAAGAAGCAAAAAAAGAGUUCCAAGUCUUUUGAGAGGGCCCUGAUGACUACAGAAGAUCCAAUUGAACCCUUACAAACGGAUACCUCCUUUGAUCUUUAUUCGUCCUGGGCUCCGAUCUUACAACCGUCGCCCGACAAGUUUUGUCUGCAGGGCAACCAGGAGAACUUUGAACCCAUGGAUAUUAGAUCCGUGGAGGAGCUAAUGCCACCACCAGGAUCAUCUAUAGUAUUCAAGGCCCAACCAUUACCCACCCAAAAGAAGGCGAAACAGGUGCCGGAAGUACGCGGGUCAGUGGCAAAACCAUUAUUCGAUAGAGAGUGGAGAAAUGACCACAACUAUCCUCCCAAACCACCCGUGGAGUCCAAUCUGGAUUUGUUCGAUCCCAAUCUGCCGUCAUCAUCGCAUAUAUGGAAGAACUACGAACGCCUAAAGGAGGGUUCGGUGCUGCCGUCGGAAGCGGAGUGGCCAUUGAGUUGUAUGGCAGGUCAGGAGGAAUCAAAAUCUCCGCCCUCAAAAGCCAAGGAAUACCAUAUGCCCGAGGCAUCUUCCUCGAAUGCCUCUGAACCCCAAGAAAAUAGUGCUGCGGACGGCCUUUUCGACUGGGAUGAAAAUAGCAAAUGGUUUAAGGAUAACUCUCAUCUUCGUGUUUGCAACGAUCUCCCCUUUGACUUUAGUCGCUUGAGUAUUGGUCUGGAAGAAGAAAGGGCCUUGGACGAUUGGAUCAAAUCGGAGGGCCUCAACAACCCUUACAGCGACAUUGAGGAAUUCAAUAUGCUGCUGACCUUAGCUAGGGACUAUCCGAAAACUCAUGACGUCCUUUUUAAGGUGUUAAAGCCGCCACCUCCUCUCCCCAAAAAGCCAAAGGUAGUUAGAAAAAGGCCUCGUGUGGCAUUCGAAGUAGGAGAUCGCCAAGUUGAUGCUGUGGAGCCGAAGUCCGUAAAACGAGUGCACUAUGAAGUGGUCCCAAAAACUCUUCCCAAACUCGGCAUUCCAAAGACAACUGCAGUAGAUCCAGUUAAAGAAAAGCAACUGACCGAGUCUACGCCAGAACGUAUCGAAUCGAUCCCACCAAAGCCCCGUGAUGAUGCAGCAAAUAAGGAGUGGCUCCAACAAUGUAGUAAAAUCAUCUUCCAACAACUGCAACUUCUAAUAAGCGAGAGUACCAAGACAACAUCCAAAGAACCAGGAGCCACUGGUUUCAGAAGCGGGAUAGCCACAAUUCGCCUCGAGGACUUAGACGAUAUCCUUGACCAAAACAAGUCGGAAUUUAGGAAUCCGCAAUCGAAACGACUCGCCUCCAAGUGGACACAGCAAUAUGGUUUCAAGUCGGUCGAGCACUUGCGCAGAUUGUUGGUGCUUAUACCCAUACCAGUUCGUCAGGAGCAGUGCCUCCAGAAGAUCAGGAUACUCAGACGUCCCACCAAACCUAAAAGCGAUCCUUUGUCCCUCAGCAUCGAAUUGAAGUUCUGUAGGCUGUUUUGCACCCUUCAAAUGAACACACAUAUGUAUCCUGAGGUAGCUGCCAUGAGAGGGGAGAAUGCCGUCUACAAAAGCAGUAUUGGUGUGAUUGAAGUGCGAACUGGGUCCUCUCAGAUAGGCUGGGUAUGGCCUAAUGGCACUGUGAUGAUUGUGAACGGAAGAAGCAAUGAAGAGUUGGCCGAAACCCUACACAAAAUCGUGGCCAAGACCAUGGGGAAUAUGAAUUUCAAGGCCGAUCCCAGCCACAAGCUUCUACACCUACGUCUCUUUUCCGGUGCCAACUUCCCCUGGAGCGUUAAUUUGGAAGAGUUUAGUAGGAUCCACACUUUUUCUGCACAACCAUUCCUUCGUGAGGCUAACUUCGUUUACUAUGUGGACAAGGAACUGCCCGGGGUGUCAGCUAGACUCUAUGAGUCGGGAGUGUUCCAGGUCUUUGCCAUGACCACGGAUGAGGCGGAUGAAAUGGUGAAGCGACUGUACUACUGUUCGUCCAGUUAUCGAAAGCCCCAAAUUUAUCAGAAAUCAAAGUAAAAACAAUACGUACAAAUAAAAAGAUACUUCGAUGC